AUGGGUCCCAAGCCUCAGCCGAUUUUUCGGUUGGGAAACAGCGCGACCGAAGCGGAGGCUUUGCUGACCCCACAGGAGAUCGCGUCAAUCCGUCACGAGUUUUCAUUUUUGGAUUUAGAUGGCGACGGCUGGCUAGGCGCCGAGGACCUCCGUCGCAGCAUGCGUUCAGACGGCAUUCAUGUGAGCAAAGCGGAAGCAGAAACAUGCAUUUGGGCGGUUGAUGAAGACGGCGACGGGCGCCUGAGCCUGGCUGAUGUCGCUUUGCUGUAUGCGCGGGCGAAGCGAGGCCUGCGCAGAGGCGAGCCCCAAAGGCUGUGCAACUAUCUGCUUUUCCGCUUGAUAGACACCGACCAUGACGGGAGAAUUAAACCAGACGACGUGUACUCGUACCUGUGCCACAUCAUGGACAAAGAAGCGGCGAACACAAAUAUGAAUCGAGUCUUCGGGGUCUCCACACUCGAGUCUCCCGCCACAGGCAAAGUCACACCCGUGCAGUGGCUCACUAUUCUCGACACGGCGAUGUGGGAGAAGGCCUCGCCGAUCACUGACACUCAUGAAGUCGCCCACGAAGCGGACCAGAACGCCUUCAGGCCGUUCCAUGGCUAUCCACUGCGUUUGCGCCGCAAGGUCAGCAGUCGGCUGAAUGUCGGAAAACUGCGGGAAAGCAUGAACGUCGUGCCCAAUGGAACUGCACUCCUUCCGCGAGACGCAUACACCAGAAACAGCAGGUUCGUUCAGUCCAGCUGGACAACAGAACACACACGGAAUCGACCCAAAUUCGCGGUGAACCCGUAA